AGUUUAUAAUCAAUCAUUUUUUUUAAAUAUAUCAAUCAUAUAUAUAUAAUUUAAUAUUAUCGCUAGUUCUAUCAAUCAGAUCAGAAUAUAAAAUAAAAAUACAAAAUAAAUCUCUCAACUAAUUUUGCAGCAUGGAAGAAGAUAAUCGCAUUGAUUGGAUAAAGUACGCCAUAUCUAAUGCCCUGGGCGUUUUCGAUGCUAAGUUUGUCAACCCUCUCAUAGAAGAGAACUACCAAAAAUUUUAUAGCUUUGUUGAUUCUAAGAACCUUAAAACGGAUAAUAAUUUUGAAAACAUUCUUGUGUUUGUGUGGAGGACAUUUUACGAUAAACUAGUUGAAGAGGAGAUAACUAUACUUGAAGAGGUUUUACCUCCUCCAGUCGUCGAAGUCGACAAAAAAGAUAGAAAGGCAAAAAAAAAAGAUCAAAAAGGAAAAUCAAAACCACCCACAAAGACUUCAUCAAAUAUAGAAAUGGCUCAAAAUGUAGUACAAUUUGAUGGAAUAGAAACUAAAACUGAUCCAGAGAGUGCAAAAAGUUCCAUUCCGUCAGCAAAAAAAUCAACUAAAGGAAAAAAGAAAAGUAAGAAGUCAAAAGUGCGAGAUGCUCCUGCUGAACCUAUUUAUGUAGAAGUAAAGAAAAUAAUUCAAAGUUUCGUUAAAACUCCUAUAUUACAUUGCCAUUUUGGAACUAUCAACCAAUUGCAUUUAGACCCAAACAUGAAAUAUAUUUAUUUAGUACGCAAUUCUUCAGAUCCAAUAAUAAAAUAUGCCGAUCGUGAUGAAUGCUUUGUCAAUAUGCCAAAAUGCUUCUAUUUCGGAUCUAUCAAAGGAAGUUUCAUAGAAAAUUUUAAAAUGAUUUUGGAAAAGGUUUAUACGAAUGUAGUUGAAUAUCACUUUCAAGAGCCCGAAACAGUAACGCCAAGUUCACAAUUAACGAUUUCUGAAGAGGAUGCAAGUAUUACAAGAGAAAACAACUCUGGACUGUUAGACUUGGCUAAGCCAUCUGAGCUUCGAGCAUUAGCUGUAAUGAAGCAACAGAAAAAACUGGAAAGGUUAGCUAAAAAUCAAGACUUACAGAUCGAAAAUAUUGAACAAGAUGAUAAAAAAAGCAUAGAAGAUGAUAAAAAAGGAGUUAUCACAAGUUCUUUGGAUAUCAUAGAAUUUAUUUAUGCAGAGCCUCCAGCUGAAAAAUUAGCAAUAUCUGAACGAUGGGAAAUUCUUCUCGCUACUACACAUAAGAAAGCUCUAGAAUAUCGUAAGCAAAAGAACAGCGCUUUUAAAAGAAAAUCGCUUUACAACAAAAAUUUGCUGAAGUGGGUCAAUGACCUUAGUUCGGAAGUGAACUGGACUACUGAUCAUAUAGUUUGGGAUUUUAAUCUCCCAACAGCCUACAACGCACCUGGCCAAGAAGAUAUUGAAUUUGAGGAAUCUAAGAAGAAGAUUCCGAUAGAUAUUAAAAGUACUAUUUUAAGUUCUUUUACUCAAAGCCAGCUGGAAGAUGUAGCUUUUGGUUGGAUGUUCCAUGUCAAAAAACGACUUAAGGAACUGAAAGAAAAGCAACUAGAAGAAUUUACACCAAUGGCAGAAUAUAAACUAUGGAAUCAACGUGAAAUGGAGACCUAUUCUAUAAUAGAAGAGUUAAAAACAGAUUUCGUCUUAUCGGUUUUAGACGCUCUGGAAGCAAGUGGAUCAGGAAUUAUUGAAAACUGGAAAACAUUUUUUGAGAAUAUUGAAACUUAUUACAAAUUGGCAAAAGAAAACUCAAAUUAUCUUUCAACUAUAAAAGACUAUCUUGAAAAAAUUCGUUCUUAUAAUAAUUUUAAAUUUAUGACGCUCCUCUUGUCCGACCUAAUGGUAGGAUUAAAUCAUAUUUGGACUAUGUCAAGCUAUUAUUGCCGUGACGAAAACAUGCAAAUUCUUCUCAAUCAGAUUUCGUAUGUGUUUACCGAGAAGAUAAAAAACAUUGUUGCUCUUGACGAUAUAUUCAAACACCCCGCAAAUAUAAUUUACGAAACGGCAAAAAAUUGUGCAAGUUUUUUGUUUUUUUGGAAAAGUUCCUACAUGGCCACACGUGCGAAAAUUGAAAAUUCUGGAGUUGGAUCUCGUUGGGAGUUUGACAGAAAAACUUUGUUUAAUGAAGUAGAUCAUAUAUGUCGCAUUAGUCAAGAUAUUGCAUACAUUGCUAAAGUUUUUGUUCAAUUCGAGAAUCUUUUUGGAUAUCGGUUAAAGUCAAUUCUUAUCGAUCCAUCAAUUGUUGAUGUGAUGAUGGAAAAAGUCUAUUGCCUUUUAGGAGAUAUAAUGCGAGUUGAUUAUGAUAUAUUUCGCCCAGCAAACUGGGAGAACUGGGAGGAUACAUUAGAUGGAUUCAAUCGAAAGUUGAAUAAUGUGGAAACUGAAGCUAUGGUGGUGAUUGAUCAAUGUGUUACUUCAUUAAGAUCUUCGUAUUUGGGUCUUGCAUUAAUCACAGACAUUUAUGAUAUUGAUACUCGAGAAAAACUGGUUGAAUACAUUUCUGAAAAGCAUGAAAAUAUUCUUCGUUUUUUUGUUACAGAAAUAAAUACUAUUGAAUAUGAGUUUACGAACAAUAAGAAAAAACCUCCACUUGGAAAGCAUCAGCCGGCAAGUAUUGCAACUAUUCGGUGGAUUCGUUUAUUAAGCAAUAAACUGAAAAAAUCUGUUAUAGCUUUUAAAGAGCUUGAAAAUUCACCACAUCUUAAGAACAGUUAUUUGAAGCGAAGUACUUUUAAACAAUACUACGAACUUGUUAAUCAAAUGUUUUUAUACGAACAAGAUAUUUUUGACAAGUUUACGAAGCAAUCAACUUAUAAUGUGAAUGCCGUUAUGCGAAACAAUAUUUUGUCAAUAGAAAUUUGCAAUAUAGAUUCUCUAAAAUCAAUAGCACGUGCCACUGAAGAAGCUUCAACUCGUAAAUUUGAUGCAAAUAAAGACGAAAGAGAUGGGGUUUCCCCCCGGGGUGGAUUUGUAAGAAAAAUAACAAAGUUUACAGUAAUUGCUACUCUAGUUCAAUGGCUUGUAAGUAGACCACCUCAAAUGGAUGAUUUGCUAAAAAAAGCUAAGGAAUAUUUUAAAAUUAUGCAAACAAAGAAAUUAUCGCAUCCUCAAGAAAAAUUUCGAAUGAAACAAUGUGAAUUAAUUAUUCAAGCAAAUAACCAGGAAUAUAUAUCAACAUGGAGGGAGUUGGUCGGUGACCAAGUUUUAAUUGAACUUGAAAUGCAGUUUCAAGUUAAUAUUAAUAAAGAUAUCUUUAAUGUAUUGCACGAAGGUCAAGAAUUUGAACAUCUGGGAUUUAAAUUACCCGACGCUAUACGAACCACAAUUAUGAGAAAGAACUUGCUAUUUACUGAUUAUGAAGCUAUACAAGGAGUUAUAAGUGAAUAUAACUCAAUCAUAAGCAUACUUUCACUUUCAGAGGUUGACUUUCUAAGAGAUCACUUAUAUGAAAUAGAAGUGGUAAUACAAGCAGGAGUUGGCCGCUACACUUGGCAAUCGUUUAACAUUCAAAAAUUUGCCAGCAAUAUUAAAACACUCCUUCGAAAACUCGUUUCCACUGUGUCCCAAAUAAAUAACAUUCGAGUCGAAAUUAAGUCUCGCAUCAAUAAAAUGGAAAACUUCAAUUUGUUUAAAUUAAUUGAAUCUGAUGAGAUUAAUGCACAAGGAAUUUUCUUAUAUGAAUUUGCGCAUACGUAUCAAAAGACUAAUAAUGAAAAAAGCAUCGAGAUAAAUAACGAUACAAUUUACUCCUGUGAUGAAUAUUUGAGAAAAUUGAGAGAGUCACGAGAUGAAAAAAAUUCAUAUAUGAAGAAGAUUGUGGAUUCCCUCGGUCCAGUUUUAGUCAAAUUAGAGAGUCUUGUUUUGGGAACUUUUACAGGACGUUCAGAAAAAAUGAAAGAGUACUAUGGGUAUUGGGAAACAGAAAUUUUCGAUUGUAUUUUAAGGUACACUCAUAGGAACUUUAAAGAGUUUUUAAAUUCUUUGAUGGGAAACGUUCCAACUUUUGAAAUCAAAGGGCUACUUUUAAUGCCCGAAAUCGUUUUGCAUCCCAAUGCUUCGGAAUUACAAAAUAUUUUUGUUCAAUCAGCAAAGGACUUCCUGGAAAGAAUACGAGUAUUUAAACGAUGGAUGAGUGGGACUUGUCUAUUAUGUCCACCUGUAGAAAAUAAAGGAAACAAGUAUGCAUUUACAUUCUACGAAGAUGUUCUCAAGAAAGAAGAAGUUGUAGCGUUGCUCAAAAAUAUACAAUACUUGGCGAAUAGAGUGGUUGAUGAGGCUCAGUCUUAUGUAAGAAGAUUCAAAAAGUUCUACGGAUUAUGGUCGUAUGAUAAGGUAGCAAUAUGUGAAAAAUUUGUGAACUCUGGGGCACCACUGGUUCAGUUCGAUGAAAAGUUUACAUUUUUUGCUAAAGUAAUUCACGAAUUACGUCAAUCACCAACAUAUUGUGAUGUUCGCUGCAUUCGUAUCGAUGUUAAACCAAUAAUAGAAUGUUUAUGCGAACAUGCUUUAGAGUGGAAAAAUACUCUAGGCGAAAUUUUGGCUAAUAAAACGCGAAGGAAAAUGACAAUAUUAAAAGAUGAAAUAAAGCAUUUUCAAAUUAACCUAGACAAAAGUCCAAAAAAUCUAGAUGAUUUUAAAAUUGUGAUGGCAGCAAUAGUUGAAAUACAAUCAAAAACGAUUUCAUAUCAAUUAGAAAUAACUGAAAUGCAGCAAAUUUAUAUGAUUUUCAGUGAGCACAGUAUAAAGUUCGAUUAUAAUGACAUGUUAAUGGCACAUCACUUGGAAAAAAGAUGGAAAAGAAUAUAUCGGUCUUCACUGUACAGAUCAUUUAAAUUAGGAGCAAUCAAGCAGAAAUUUGCAGAGAUUGUAACAACGGAUAUAAACAAAUUCUUGGAGGAACUGCAAGAUUUUAUUGAGGAUUUUGAACAAAACGGUCCAGGCUCAGUUGGAUCUGAUUUGGAUAGAGGAACAAGACUAAUUGAUACAUAUGGGACUAAAUUUAAAAACUUAGAAGAACGAAGGACUGAGUUGUCAAGUGCAGAAAAACUAUUUGAUAUACCUGUUGUAGAUUACAAUAGUUUUACCAAAGUAAGAACUGAUUUUGAUGGAAUGCAGCUUAUCUACAGACUUUAUAAGCAACAAAAAAUAGCUCGAGAAAACUGGUCUAAAACUUUAUGGGUUGACUUGGAUCCGCAGAUUUUAAAUGAUGGAAUUGAAAGCUAUAUAAAAGAGUUUCGGAAACUUCCAAAAAAAGUUCGAGAUCUGAUAACUGGACAAAUGUUAGAACUGCAAAUGAAGCAGUUUAGAAACUCAAUACCCUUGAUGGUGAGCUUGAAAAACGAAGCAUUAAGAGAACGUCAUUGGCGUUUGCUAAUGCAAAAAACUGGCAAGGUUUUUGAUAUGGCUCCUGACGUAUUUACAUUGGAAAACAUGUUUAACAUGCAACUCCAUCAAUAUCAAGAAAUUGCUGAAACUAUUCUUAACAAUGCAUUGAAAGAGCUAUCGAUCGAAAAAGGUAUUAGAGAGGUUGAGGAAACGUGGGCAGCUAUGGCAUUUAAGGUUCAUACACAUUUAAAAGGAAAAGAGGACCGUGGAUACAUUCUUGGUUCAGUUGAGGAAAUCAUGCAAGUUUUGGACGAUAAUUCAACCAAUCUUCAGUCGAUGGGUGCUUCGCAGUUUAUUGGUCCGUUUCUCCAAAAUGUAAACAAAUGGGAGCGAACUUUAGCACUCGUUUAUGAGAUUGUUGAUGAAUGGAUAAGUGUACAAAGAAAAUGGCUUUAUCUUGAAGGUAUAUUUGUGGGUGGUGAUAUUCGAUCCCAAUUACCAGAAGAAGCUAGAAAAUUUGACGAUAUUGAUAAAGUAUAUCGACGGAUCAUGGUGGAAUGCGCUAAGAAUCCCAUAGUUAUUCAGAUCUGCACGAUUGCUGGCCGUUUGUCUGAACUACAAUCUUUGAAUUCUGGCUUAGAAGAUUGCCAAAAAUCCCUUAACGAAUAUUUAGAAUCGAAGCGUCGAAUAUUCCCACGAUUUUACUUUAUAUCUACCGAUGAACUGCUGUCCAUACUUGGUAGUAGUGAACCGACAAUAGUACAAGAUCAUAUAAUAAAGAUGUAUGAUAACAUUAAAUCAUUGAGUUUUUCAAAAAAUUCCAUGGGUCUGAACAUAGUUUUGGGAAUGGUUUCAAGUGAAGGAGAAACUAUGGAAUUUCGAAAUAUUGUUAUUGCACAAGGUAGAGUUGAAAUCUGGAUGAAUGAUGUACUGAAAGAAAUGAGACACACCAACUGGUACAUAACGAAAAAAGCAAUCAAUGAUUAUGGAAGAAAAGCUGAACUAACAAGAAUUGAUUGGAUAAUGAUGUAUCAAGGAAUGGUAACCUUAGCUGGCAGUCAGCUCUGGUGGACAACUGAAGUAGAACAAACUUUUGCCUCUUUGCAAAAAGGAAAUAACAGAGCGAUGAAGGACUUUCUUAGAGCGCAAAAUGAACAAAUCAAACAAUUGGUCAUCAAAGUUAGAUCAGAACUCUCUCGAAACGAUCGUUUGAAAUUCAAAACCAUUACAACAAUUGAUGUUCAUGCGAAAGAUAUUAUAGAGACAUUUGUCCGUGAUAACAUUUUAGAUGCUCAAGAAUUUGGAUGGGAGAGUCAAUUACGCUUCUAUUGGAUUAAACAGAUUGAUGAUCUAUGUGUCGUUCAAUGUACCGGCCGCUUUAAUUACGGGUACGAAUACAUGGGUCUGAAUGGCCGUUUGGUCAUUACACCACUGACAGAUAGAAUCUACUUGACAAUUACACAAGCUCUCGUCAUGAAUAUUGGUGCUGCUCCAGCUGGCCCAGCUGGUACAGGGAAGACAGAAACGUGCAAAGAUCUGGCCAAGGCAAUGGCCUUGCUUUGCAUUGUCACAAACUGUGGUGAAGGUAUGGACUUCCGAGCUGUUGGAAGCAUUUUGGCAGGUCUCUGCCAAAGUGGAGCUUGGGGAUGUUUUGAUGAAUUUAAUCGCAUCGAAAUCUCGGUACUUAGUGUUAUCUCAACGCAGAUCCAAACAAUUCGAAGUGGUCUUCAAAAAAAACUUAAAUUGUUCAUGUUUGAAGGUGUUGAAAUUUCGCUUGAUCCAAAAGUUGGUGUUUUUGUUACAAUGAAUCCUGGAUAUGCAGGACGAACGGAACUUCCAGAAUCCGUAAAGGCUCUGUUUCGACCGGUGACUUGUAUUAAGCCUGAUCUUGAAUUGAUAUGUUUAAUUUCUUUAUUCUCUGAUGGGUUCUUGACAUCGAAGGUUUUGGCUAAGAAAAUGACCGUUCUGUAUAAGCUUGCACAGGAACAGCUUUCAAAACAAUGCCAUUACGAUUGGGGAUUGCGUUCCUUGAACUCAGUUCUAAGAAUGGCAGGUGUAAUGCAAAGACAGUCUAAUGAGCUUCCAGAAUCAGUCGUCCUAAUGCGUGUAUUACGUGACAUGAAUUUCCCAAAAUUUGUCUUCGAUGAUGUUUCUUUGUUUUUGGGUCUAAUUAAGGAUUUGUUUCCUGGUAUCGAUUGUCCUCGUGUAGGUUAUCCAGAAUUUAAUGCUGCGAUUCGACACGUUCUCACGACUGAUGGGUAUAUUAUACUUCCUGAUCAGGAAGAUAAAGUAGUCCAAAUGUAUGAAACAAUGAUGACAAGACAUUCAACAAUGAUAGUUGGGCCAACAAGUGGUGGGAAGACUGUUGUAAUUAACACAUUGAUUAAAGCUCAAUGCCAUCUCGGUUUGCCUACUAAGUGCAUAACACUCAAUCCAAAGGCAUUUUCUGUCAUUCAGUUAUAUGGAUACCUUGAUAUGAAUACAAGAGACUGGAUUGAUGGUUUGUUUUCAAAUAUUUUUCGAGACAUGAAUAAACCAACUACUAAAGAAGAAAGGCGAUAUGUUUGUUUUGAUGGAGACGUCGAUGCACUUUGGAUUGAGAACAUGAAUUCUGUCAUGGAUGACAACAAACUCCUUACCUUGGCAAAUGGAGAGCGCAUCCGCUUAGAAAAUCAUUGUGGUCUAUUAUUUGAGGUCGGAAAUUUGUCGUAUGCCUCCCCAGCAACAGUGUCUCGUGCAGGAAUGGUUUACGUUGAUCCGAAAAACCUACGAUAUACUCCUUACUGGCAGAGAUGGGUACUUUCUCGUCCAGAAUUGGAGCAAAGCUUUUUGCAUGAUAAGUUUGAUCAAAUUAUUGUUCCAGCUAUUUCUUUUAUAUUCGAAGGACUUGAUGGAACCCAACAGGGGAAGCCUUUAAAAACAGUCAUACCUCAAACGGACCUAAACAUGAUUGUUCAAUUUUGUAAUUUAUACGAUGCAAUUUUCGCACCACCCCCGAUUAACCCGGAUGCGGAUGAACCAUUUGUGAAUUACAACCCUGGAACAUUGGAAUGCGGUUUUAUAGAGUGCAUAUAUGGAUCACUGGGUGCAUGUCUUGCUGAGUUCGAUCGGGAGCGUUUCGAUGAAUUUAUUAAAAGAAGUUCCGGCCUAAUUUUAAUUGAGGAUUCGCAAACAAAACCAGCGUCAGAGGGGCAACUUCCUAUCACAAAGCCAACUUUAUAUGAUUAUUAUUUUGACUGCAAAUUAAAUGUAUGGACUGCAUGGGAAUGGGUUGUGCCACUUUAUGAACAUAAUCCCAAUAUAAAAUUUAGUGAAAUUCUAGUCCCUACUAUAGAUACAUUGAGGACUAAUAAUAUUUUAAAUCUGAUGAGCACUAAAAAGCGUCCUGUGCUUCUAAUAGGUGACGCGGGUUCCUCUAAAACUGCAAUUAUAAUAAAGUACUUGAGAGAGUUGGAUACUAGCUCAUACAUCAUUUUAAACGCUAACUUUUCUUCGCGUACUACUUCUCUUGAUGUGCAAAGAACAAUCGAAGCAGCAGUGGAAAAACGGACAAAAGACACCUUUGGUCCACCAAUUGGAAAACAAGUUUCAUGUUUUAUAGAUGAUAUGAAUAUGCCGCAAGUUGAUGAAUAUGGUACACAACAGCCAAUUGCACUUCUCAAACUACUAUUUGAAUUUGGUGGAAUGUUCGACAGAGGAAAAGACUUAAAUUGGAAGAAGUUUAAAGAUCUGACGUUUUAUGCAGCAAUGGGAUAUCCAGGUGGAGGACGUAACGAUGUUGAUCCCCGAUUUAUUUCAAUGUUUUCGGUUUAUAACUUGGUCUUCCCAAAUGAAGAAUCUCUAAGACUUAUCUACUCGUCGAUUUUUAAAGGUCACAUAGUCCAUAGUAAAUUUCCCGAAAAUUUGCACAAACUUGCUGACACAAUUGUUAACAUUACUUUGAAUUUAUUCAAGAUAACAAUCGCAGAACUCCCACCAACACCUUCAAAAUUUCAUUACGUAUUCAACUUGAGGGAUCUUUCAAGAAUAUUUGGGGGGUUGCUCCAAAUUCGUCCUAACUUUUUCAAUCAAGCUCGUGAAAUUGUACGAGUCUGGCGCAAUGAGUUUUCUAGAUCAAUUUGUGAUCGAUUGAUCUCCGAAAAUGACAUCAACUUAAUGAAGAAACACAUUGAAACUGAAAUAAUUCAAACCUUUACACCGACAUUUGAACUAGACGAAGGGUAUACCAUUGCAAAAUCAUCUUCUUCAAUCAAUGGUGAAAAAGUAGAAAAAAAUCAAUUUUCCGUUGGUGCGGACAGUGAAGAAUCAAUUUUAUUGGAAGCUGAUAAGAUAAUACCAAUUGCAGACUAUGUUUUACGAAAUCCACUACUUUUUGGUGACUACAGGAACUCUUUGAACGAAUCUGAACCUAGAUAUUAUGAAGACCUUCUUGACUUCAAGGCUAUCUUUUUCUUAUUCCAAGAGAUUGUUGAAGAAUAUGGUGAACGAAAAGGAAAACUCAGCUUAGUUCUAUUUGAAGAUUGCCUUGAACAUUUAACUAGAGUACAUAGGACUUUGCGCCUAUAUCGUGGUCAUGUUUUGCUGGUUGGCGUGGGUGGAAGUGGAAAGAAAAGUAUUACUAAAUUAGCAUCUUUUGCUGCAGAUUGCGAAGUAUUUGAAAUAACCAUUGCUCGAGGAUACAAUGAAAUUUCUUUCCGUGAAGAUCUCAAAAAACUGUAUUACCUUACAGGAUUGGAUCGGAAAAAAGUAGUUUUUAUUUUAUCUGGAGGGCAGAUUGUGGAAGAGGGAUUCCUUGAACUGAUAAACAACAUACUUACUACUGGAGUUGUAUCAGCGCUAUUUACAGAUGAUGAAAAGGAUGCAAUUAUAGCUUACUGUCAUCCUCAUGCAAUUGACGCAGGUUAUUCGAGCGCAAGAGUUGCAGUGUGGGCAUAUUUCAUUAAUAAGUGCAAUGAAAACCUUCAUGUUGUAUUAUGUAUGUCCCCAACUGGAGAAUCCCUUAGAAAUAGAUGUAGAAACUUUCCAGGACUGAUUGGUAGUACAUCAAUUGAUUGGAUCUUUCCUUGGCCAAAACAAGCUCUUUUUGCAGUAGCUGAAUUAUUUUUAACAGAACAUCCCAUGAUACCAGAAGCUCAUAGAGAUAAAAUUGUUAAUCACGUAGUGCACGUUCAUGGCUCAAUGGAUUUUUACUCUUCAGAAUAUAAAGAAAAACUACGCCGGAAUAAUUAUGUAACUCCAAAGCACUAUUUGGAUUUCAUUACUACUUAUUUAAAACUGCUUGAAAACGAAAACAACUUUAUAAAAAUCCAAAGCAAUCGUCUACGAGAAGGAAUAAUAAAAAUUGAUGAUGCUGCAGAACAAAUUGAUCAACUACGAAUUAUAGUAACCGAACAAAAGCAAAAUGUCGAAGUAGCAUCUACAGAUUGUGAAACAAUGAUGGUUGAUAUUGAAUCGUCAACACAAAAGGCAAAUGUCAAAAAGGCGGAAGCAUCUGAGAAAUCUAUGGAAGUUGAAAUUAAAGGCAAACAAAUAGCCAUAGAAAAAGCUGAUGCUGAGGUCGCAUUGUCUGAGGCAAUGCCUGCCCUCGAAGAAGCAAGACGUGCUUUGGCUAACCUUGAUAAAUCUCAAAUUACUGAAAUUCGUUCGUUUGCGACUCCACCACCCCAAGUUCAGGUAGUUUGUGAAUGUGUUGCUAUUCUUAAAGGACUUAAGGAAAUUAAUUGGAAGUCGGCCAAAGGUAUGAUGUCCGAUGUAAACUUCCUUAGAAGCCUUAUGGAAAUGGACUGUGAGGCGUUAACGGCAAGACAAAUCAACGCCUGUCGAGCUCAUAUGAAAUCAGCGCCAGGACUUGAUGACAUGGAUAAAAUAUCACAAGCAGGAGCAGGACUUUUGGGUUUUGUUCGUGCUGUGAUAUCCUUUUUCGAAGUAUUUAGGGAAGUUAAACCGAAGAAGGAACGUGUUGAUUUUCUGGAGCAAGAGCAAAACCUCCAGAUCAAAAUUCUAUAUAAGUUGAAUAAUGAAAUAACCCAGUUGGAAGAAACACUCGAUGUGUUGAACUCCAAAUACGCAGAAUCAAUACGCCAGAUGAAAAUGCUAACUGAAAUGAUGAAUCAAGCUGAAAGAAGAUUGGUUGCCUCAGAUAGACUUAUAAGUGGACUUACUUCUGAACGCAGUAGAUGGAGUGAAGUUCUCAUUGUACACGGCGAACAAAAGUCCAAACUAGUAGGACAGUGCCUUGUUUGUGCCUCGUUCUUGGCCUAUGCUGGUGCCUUUUCAUGGGAAUUUCGUAAAACUAUGCUCUACAACGAUUGGUUAAAUGAUCUACGAAGCCAUGAGAUUCCUAUUGCCGAUGAUUUUGAUUUAGCAAGGUGCCUUUCAACAGAAGUACAAGUAUGUGAUUGGAUAUCCAAAGGCCUGCCACCGGAUGAGUUUUCCGUUCAAAAUGGUAUUUUGACUGUUCGUGCAUCUCGUUUCCCACUUUGCAUCGAUCCCCAAGAACAAGCACUUCGCUGGAUCAAAAAGAGUGAGGCACAAAAUAACUUGAAAAUACUAUCCUUCAACGAUCCCGAUUUCUUGAAACAAAUCGAAUCAUCUAUAAUGUACGGGAUUCCAGUGCUAUUUCAAGACGUUGAUGACUAUAUUGACCCGGUUAUUGACCCUAUACUGGAGAAAAAUAUUCGUGUUGCAGCUGGUAGAAAGUUUAUCAUACUUGGAGAUCGCGAGGUUGAUUAUGACGAAAACUUCCGCAUCUAUCUUACUACAAAGUUUGCCAAUCCGGUAUUUGAUCCUGCCGUUUACGCAAAAGCUAUGGUUGUUAACUACAGUGUGACGAACUCAGGACUUGAAGAUCAACUCUUAAGUGUUGUGGUGCAAUGCGAAAGACCAGAUUUAGAAGAGCAACGUGAAAAGCUCAUAUUGCAGACAAGUGAAAAUAAGAAACUCCUAAAGCAAUUGGAAGAUUCUUUGCUCCGCGAACUAGCCACAUCAACUGGAAACAUGUUGGAUAACAUAGAAUUAGUCGAAACAUUGGAAAACGCUAAAACAAAAGCAAGUGCAAUAACCAAACAAUUGAAACUGUCUAGUGAAACUGUUCUUGACAUUGAGAAACUUCGAGACGGUUAUAGACCUGUUGCGAAACGAGGAGCAGUUUUAUUCUUUGCACUGUCCGACAUGGCAGCAGUUAGUUCAAUGUACCAAUAUGCUCUUAAUUCAUUUUUAGACGUAUUUGCUUAUUCAUUGAAAAAAUCUGUUCCGGAUUCAUUGGUCUCUAAACGAAUUUCUAAUAUUAUAACAACCUUGACUGAGAAUGUUUAUUCUUUUGGUUGCAUGGGUAUUUUCGGAAAACAUAAGCUUUUAUUUUCGUUUCAAUUGGCUACUAAAUUAGAACAAAGCGAUGGACGGCUCUCACAAGCUGAGAUUAACUUCUUUAUUAGAGGGUCGGUAUCAUUGAAAAAAAGCGAAAAACAUUGCCCUGCUUCGUGGAUAACUGAACAAAAUUGGAAGAAUAUUGAAACUCUUUCUAAUGAAUUUCCAUUUCAUUUUGAAAAUCUUGCUGAACACAUCGAGCACCAUUUAAAUGAGUGGAAAGAGUGGUUUGAACUGGAGGUUCCCGAACAAACAACAUGUCCUGGAGAGUUCAAUUCAGUAUGCAGUUCUUUCCAGAAACUGAUGUUACUUCGUUGUUUCCGAGAAGAUCGAGUUUAUUUGGCAAUAAAUAAUUAUAUCAUGGACACAAUGGAUGAAUUUUUCAUAACACCUCCAGUAAUAAGCCUUCCGUUGAUUUACGAACAAUCAACAAACAUGGUUCCAGUUUGUUUCAUUUUGAGUGCGGGAACAGAUCCAACAAAUGACCUUUUGAACUUUGCAGGACGAUCAAAUCAAAAAAUCUCACACAUUUCCUUAGGACAAGGGCAAGAGAAGGCUGCUCUUAGCUUGUUGGAUGCCUCGAUACGCCAAGGCCAAUGGCUAUUGCUUCAAAAUGGUCAUCUGCUUAUCAAUUUUAUUCGUCAAGUAGAAAAGUACUUAGAAAAAAUUGAAAAUCCUCACCCUGAUUUUCGUCUUUGGAUAACAACAGACCCAACACCAACUUUCCCAAUAGGAAUUCUCCAGCGAUCACUUAAAGUUGUGACUGAAGCACCAAAUGGACUUAAGCUGAACCUGAAUUCAACAUUCUAUAAACUAGAAGAUGAUUCUUUCAAUUCCUGUGCGCAUGUUGCUUUUAAACCUUUAGUUUAUGUUUUAGCUUUCUUCCAUGCUGUACUUCAAGAACGUCGACGUUAUGACAAACUUGGAUGGAAUAUAAACUACGACUUCAACGAGUGUGAUUUUGAUGUUUGCCUCAACAUAAUUAAAACAUAUUUAAAUAAGGCAUUGGAUGCAAAAGACUCACGUAUACCUUGGGAGUCUCUUAAGUAUUUGAUUGGGGAGGUUAUGUACGGAGGUAGGGUUAUCGACGAUUAUGACCGGCGUAUUGUUCAAACAUAUCUGAAUGAAUAUAUGGGCGAUUUUAUUUUCGACAGUUUUCAGCCAUUUUUCUUUUAUAAAGAUAAUGAAUUUGAGUACGGAAUGCCCAUAGAUAUGGAUCAUGUCGAUGAUAUUGCAGCUUAUGUAGAUCAGCUUCCAUUAGUUAACACUCCUGAAGUCUUUGGAUUACAUGCAAAUGCAGAUAUCGGAAACUAUACUCAAGCCACCAAAGCCAUUUGGAGUCAUUUAAUUGAUUUGCAGCCACAGACGGGUGACGUAUUGGGUGGUACCAGUCGUGAUGAAUUUAUAGAUAGUAUCGCCGCAGACAUUCUUAAUAAGCUACCACAAUAUUUUGAGGUUUGGCGAAUCAAAAAAAUGUUUCAAAUGAACAUUACACCAACAGGAGUAGUUUUAUUACAAGAACUUGAAAGAUUUAAUUUACUCACUGCUCGUAUGCGAAAAACAUUGGAACUUCUUCGAAAGGCUUUGGCUGGUGAGACUGGAAUGGACAAUAUGCUUGAUAACAUUGCAAAUUCAUUGUUAAAUGGAAAAUUGCCGUCUUACUGGGCUAGUCUUACUCCAGCUACGUGUAAACAACUUGGAAGCUGGAUAGAACAAUUAUUGAAUCGAGCAACACAAUAUCAUUAUUGGUCGUUAUCUGGGGAACCCAUGGUCAUUUGGUUAGCCGGACUUCAUAUACCAGAAAGUUAUCUCACCGCUGUUGUUCAGAUCGCAUGCAGAAAAAAUGGAUGGCCGUUGGACAAAUCCACUCUGUACACUAAUGUUACUCAUUAUGUUGAUCCUGAUGAUGUUGAAGAAAGACCUACAACAGGGUGUUAUGUUCAUGGAUUAUUUAUUGAAGGAGCCAGAUGGGAUUCAAAAAGAAGAGAACUGGCCCGUUCUCAACCAAAGGUUCUUGUGGAAGAUCUUCCUCUCCUAGCAGUUAUUCCUAUAGAGGUGCAUCGACUUAAAUUGCAGAAUACCUUCCGGGCUCCAGUGUAUACAACAUCUCUAAGACGAAACGCAAUGGGGAUAGGAUUAGUAUUCGAAGCUAAUUUGGAAACUCAUGAAGACCUAAGUCAUUGGGUGCUCCAAGGUUGUUGUUUAACAUUAAACAGAGAUUAGAUAAUUUAAAACUUUUAUUAAAUUUUGUUAAUUUGGUUUCUAAUAAAAAUAUUAAUGGUUUUUUGCAAAUGACAAAAAAAUGUUUUAAAAAUGACAAAUUUAUUUUAAGAAUAA